GUAUAUAAUAUGAGUGUGCGGCUCCGAACUGCAGCUGGACGCUUGCGUUGCACAUGUGCGGAAGAAAUCGGAUAAAAAGCGUAGAACAAAGCAGCGUAAUGACCGACUGAGAGUCAGAAGAAGACAAGAAAGACAAAAUAAGAAUAGAUUCUCUGCUCAAAGUCUCUGAUAGUGGGAAGAGGACACGCCACAGCGCCGCAUCACCGGGGAAUAUCUUCAAAAUGGAUCUUCACAACAAAGAGUUUCUGUCUGGGGAGAUUUUGCCUGUGGUGAUUAUUGGUAACGGCCCAUCGGGGAUCUGUCUAUCAUACCUGCUGUCGGGUUACACCCCCUACCUGUCACCUGAGGCAUCGCACCCGAACCCCCUGCUGCACAGCAAGCUGGGAGAGCAGCCUCACCUGUCGCUGCUGGAGCAGGACCUGGAGUACCUGUGCGAGGGGCUGGAGGGACGAUCGUCCAAUCCCGUAGCUGUGCUCUUUGACUCGCUGCUGCUGCCUGACAGCGACUUCGGAUUGGACCACACAUCGCCGCUGGAAUGGCGAUACGAGCCCGAGCGUGCUAUCCCUCACCUGGUGCUGGGCAAGGGGCCGCCUGGAGGCGCCUGGCAUGCCAUGGAGGGCUCCAUGUUAACUCUGAGCCUCGCUAACUGGAUGGAGCUUCCCGGACUCAAACUGAAGGAGUGGAUGAGAGAAAAGCGCAGAAACGUACGAAAUGACCGCGCCACACCAGCAGAGAUAGCCUCCUACUAUCAACACUACGUUUCUCAGAUGUCUCUGGAGCAGAAUUUUGCCUGUGGGACCACGGUCACUUCCGUAACCAGAAAGCCUGGCGGGCAAGAUGGGUCGCCGCCCUGCUGGAGAGUGACGGGACUGCAGCGCAGAGAGGGGGAAGAACUUGGGGAUGGUUCUUCCGUCUCCACGGAGGUGCCGUUCUCCCUGUUGGCCCACAAUGUGGUGUUGGCAACAGGGACCCACGACAUCCCGGCCAGGCUCGGCGUGGAGGGGGAGUCCCUGCCCUACGUCUGCCACUCUUUCUGGGAGCUAGAGGCGGCCAUCUCUCGUGGCGAACUCGACCAGUCUUCAGACCCUGUGUUGGUGGUGGGGGCGGGGCUUACGGCGGCCGAUGCAGUACUGGCUGCCCACCAUCUCAACACCCCCGUCUACCACGCCUUCAGACGCUCGGUCACUGACCCCGACCUCAUCUUCAACCAGCUGCCCAAACUGCUGUACCCAGAGUACCACAAGGUUCACCAAAUGAUGACUCAGCAGCAGUGCCGGCCAAGCCAUCCACCACAUGACCACACUCAGAGCCUGCAUGACGACUCCACCCCUUCCUCUCCUUCCUCCCUCCCACCGUCUUCCUCCACCAACUCGUCCACCUCGUCCUACCCGGGUUACCUGAGUUUCCCGCGGUACAGGGUUGUGGCCUUCAGACCAGACAAGAAAUGCGUUCUGGAGUCAGAUGCUGGUCAGCAGAUGGUGGUCCAGGUCUCCAAGGCGCUGGUGCUGAUCGGCGCCCACCCAAAUCUUUCCUUUCUGAAUGACAAUGGUCGUUCGCUUGGCAUCAAUCCCAGUGAGACAAUCUCGUGCCGGAGGAACCCUAUCGAUGUGGACCCAUUCACAAACAACGUGGUCGCGGCAGACGGCCCAGGCAUGUACGCCAUGGGGCCGUUAGUUGGAGAGAACUUCGUCAGGUUCCUGAAAGGAGGAGCACUGGCUAUCGCUAGUGACCUCGCCAAAAGACAGAGGGAGGCAGGGGAAAGAGAAGUGGGGUGCUUGACCACAGACAGAUUCAUGGACAGAUGGGUGGACAGACAGGUGACCACACAGACAGACGCAGAGGUUUGUGUCCUGGAGUCGUAGCAUGUUUUCCUAGGACAGGAAGGUUGAGUGGACUUAAGCAAACUCUGAUCUGAUCCAAACUAAUGGACCCAGACUUAACAGGAAGUGCUGCAAUCAAAUCAGCACAGGUUCUGUUUUCCAGAAAUCACGUAUUAGGGAAGUUGUUUCAGGGUGUGAAAUGGGCAACAGAUCUGUUGUGGAUCUGGUCAACAAAGACCCCGGACCUGAGUGACCCUGAAGGCUAACAGCAGCUGGAGAAAUGCUGACAGUUGUGCUGGGAAAGAUCCUGCAUGCUCAGCCACAUGAAAGAGGAAGAGAUACUGCACCGUGACAGAUGUGGUUUUUCUGUCGCAGUAUUAAGCUUCAAAUGUUCAUGCUUACCACCUGUAAGCUGUUCUGGAAGCCGUGAGCUCCACCAUGAGUCUACUGUACGUGUUGUUAUGUUUUCUUCACUGCCCUCUGGUGGUCACAUGACGCAAUGGCAACAUUCUUUUGAAAUUACGUAAAUCGUAUCUUCCACAUAUGUGGCUUUUCUGUAAAGCAGUGAUUGACAUAAUCAUCUCUGUGGUAAACUAAAAUUAUUAUACUGGUUUGAUCUUCGUGUACAGCUGGUAUAAUUUUUUAAUAUUGAUAAGUGUGUAUGCAUGUUAUUGUCAAAAGACUAACAUGUUCAGGCUUAUACAAAGUGCUCAGCUUCUGCCUGCUUUAUUUACAUCCUGCAGUCGAAGGCAGAAGAGACAGAAAACGAUGAGAAGUCGUCCUGAUAUUAGCUGCCCAGGAUCGGUUUAUUAUCACAUCCUGGUCAGAAACUUCCUGGUUAAGGUUUAACCAGUGGGCAUCAUACAUGACCAAAAGCACACGCGUUGCCUCCACCUCGCUCGUUUUAACCAUGUACAGUGGGGAUAAUUAACAUGUUUCCAAAGCUAAAAAUGCAUUUAACUGCAAGCAGUUUUUGCAGCACUACACUGUCACAGAUUCAUGCUUCUUUCUUUAUAUCAUUUUCUACGUGUUUGUACAUCGAUGAUUUCCUCUUUUGUGACUCUAAGGUGCUUUUUUUUUAAUGUUAAACAGCCGACUGCACCGACCUGAUAUCUUUGUAAAUUGUUGGGGUAUGAAAAGGUUUGAUACUUAACAAAGCCAAGAGAGAAACUUCUAUAUUUUUUCUACAAUUCUUUUCACUGAACAUGUUUAAUUUUGUGUUUCUUCACUGUGAACACUAAUACGACACUGACAGAUGACAGCGCUGUUCUUUUAGUCCUGUUUGUGUUGCUGUAUUGCCUCCAGUGAUGGCUGUCACUCCUGUGAUUCUCCUCUGCGUCUUUGUUUUGGAAAGACGACGCAGCACGAGAGUGAUGAUGCACUGCCGAUUUCAAGUUGUAACGCACAGACUUUCAGUGUCAUUUUGAUUAACAUUAACCAUUGUUGGUUGUUGUGAUGAGCGACAAACGAGAAAACGCAUCACUUUGACACAAACGGUGGGUUUUAGCUUCUUGUUUGGUUGUUUUGUGGAGAGUUUGGACACCUUCUGCCUGAUGGUGGACUUUGAACUCGAUUAGCCAGCAGUGCCUGAAGACACACGGUUCACAGCAGUGUUGUUUUUACUCCACCUGAAUGUUUCUUUUGAGAUGCAGUAAAAAUCAAGUCUGCUUGUUUUUAGUGCAACUUUUUUUUUUAUCCUGAUUUGUAUGUCAGCAUAAGUUUACAGUCAAAUCUGUAUUUUUCCAUAUUCAUUUGGCCGCGGGUUUCUAUUAAAAAGUUUUUCAGCAAA